CUGGAGACAGCAACCAUUGCUCUCUGCUGGAGGCCCCUGUUAGUUGGAGCGCAUCUGUCAUGCCCAUGACAAAACCCUCCAAGAUGCAGCGGGAGAAAGGCGGGAAAGGGAAGAAAGGCUCCAAACAUGAAUCCAAAUCCGAGAAAGAGCCGGACCUGGAGACAGCCAGAGCUAACGCCGCUCUGUGGGAGCUGAAGUUGAAGAGCACAGAGCAGGAUCUGUCCGACUACCGGGGGGCCCAUCAUAACAUGGCCCGCAUGAACGAGCAGCUCAUCAAUCAGCUGCACCGCGCGCAGCAGGACUCUGUGGACAUGACCGGCUACUGGCAAAGACAAGUAGAAGCCAGAGAGGAGAAGAUAAAUAUGCUUGAAGAUGAACUAAGAAGACAAGAGGCCCUUGCACUUCAAGAGAGAAAUAAACAGGCUCAAGCCCAUAAAAUGCUCAAGGAAGAGUUAAGUUUAAUGGAGGAGAAGGAAGCUCGGUUGAAAGAUGAACUCAGCAAUAUGGGGAAACACAUGGAUUUGAAACAGAAAGAGCAUGAAGAAAAGCUAAAGGAAAUGCUGGAUAACUUCCAAAUGGAUAAGGAAAGCCUAAAGAGAGACAUGAUGGUCAUGUGCAAUCAAGAGAUAGCCCAGAUGAAGCUGGACCACCAUGAAGCUAUUGUUCAGAUGGAAAAGGCAUUAAAGUCUGCUCUCGAGGAGCAGGAUCGCUUAAAUGAAGCUCUGAAAUCUACCAUCCAAGAAGCAGAGGACCUGAAGGAACUGACACAUUCACUGGCUAAGGAAAAGCUCUCACUAACACUGGAGAAGGACAUGCUUGAGUUGACGAUUAAAAAAAACUCUGCAAAGAUGGAAGCGAAAGAAAAGAAGCUCUCUGAAGUCACGGCCAAAGUUUCUUCCCUGGAACUGGCCCUUGGGGAAAUCUCCAGAAAACUUGAGCAGCAGGAAGAGAGGGAGAAAACAAACCUGAUUACCAUCCAGGCCAGCCAGGUGGAGCUGGAAAAACUGCAGAAGCUCCUUGCCAUGCGAGAGAAGGAGAUGCAGCGUGUCAAGCAGCUGGCGAGGACUAUCGUUGAUAAGCGCAAAGAAGUGGAGGAGUUUUUCCAUGAAGCGUUGGAUCACGUCAGGCAGGAGAUCAUUGCCAGCAGAAUUCAGUACAAAAAGGAAGCGCUUCAGGAUUAUCAGCAGAAAUUUAGAGAGGCCACAGCCGGGAUGAUAAAGUUUCCACCCAUCAGUACCGUGAAUAAAAGUCCCAACAGUACCAAUUACCUUUAUGCAGACAUAGAGGCAACUGUAGAACGGCCUCUUUCUCCAAGCAGUGAGGUCCACGUGUCUCAUCUCACUUGGAAGCAAAAGGAAAAAGUUCUCGGCCUCCUCUUUGCUAAAAUGAAUGGACAGACGGAAAGGAAAGCCUGCAAGCAUCUAGAUCCGUGUUCUUCCAGCGAGGAGCAAAAAGAGACUUUUUGAAAAAAGGGAGCUCAAACACAGAAAAGAAAUCACACAGAAAAAAAUAAAUAAAUUUUCUCAUCCUUGCAAUUAAGAAAGCCUGCACAGAUUUAUUGCUCCCACAUCUCAUGUUUUGCAGAAAAAGCAGCGGCUGUGAGGACUUGAGUGCUUGCAUGUGAUUUAUCAAGACGGUUUGCAUUCUGGCAUUGCAUAAUGAUGACUGUCCUCCAGAAUUAGAGAGGAGGCCUGCUGGGGCAUCUAUCAGCCCCAAGGCGCCGGAGUCCAUUCUGCCCUCAACCCCAAACAGCCUGUCAGAUACGCACCGCACCACAUGACCUCAGUGCAGCCUCGGCUGUUCUCAUCGCAUGUCAA